AUGCGGCUCUCUCCGCCGCUGCAGCAAACCCGCGCGUCUUCUUGUGCGGCGGUUUUGCCGCCCCCCGGAGUGAAUAAUCGGCGCGAAUACACGGCUCGUUCCCCCGAUUCGCGCGCCGUGGGCGCCCGCAAAACAUUUAACUUUUCGAGGGCCAUGUCUGUGCGUGAAGCAAUCGGCGAGGCCAGCGCCGGCGAGCGAGACGCCAUGGAGGGGGCCUUGCUGCAGGCGGCGAUCGUGAUCGCGGAGGCGCUUCGCCAUCGGCUGGAGGAAAGGGCCGAGCAGAGGGCCCGCAAGGCCCAGGCCAAACGCGAGGACGCAGAUCGCGCCAGGCUCCAGCAGGUCAUUAUGGGCAUCGAACGGAAGCUGGAGUCCACGGCCGACCGCAGCGAUGUCUUGGAGCAGCGGUUGGAGAGGCUGGAGAAAAAAGCUUCCACCGCGGUCGAGCAACUGCUUUACUUCUCGGACAGAGAAAGCUCCUACGCUCAGCAGAGCGAUUUGCAGAUGCUUGAAAGGCGCUUGAAUAUUCUUGAGAUGCCUUCUCAAAGGGUGCUGAACGAAUCUUUUCCGCGCGAGUCAGCGUUUAGGAGUCUGGAGAAGCCCUUGCCGCUGAAGAUGGGGUUUGCUCCUGUGUCCGGCUCGCCGUCCCGCCUGUUCUCAGCUCGCGUGUUGACGCCACCGACGAUGAUGAACACGGGAGAUGCAGAAGAAGCGAACACUGGAGAUAUAUUGGAGCAGCGGAAGAUGAAAGUGCUGGUGCAGACUGUGAAGAUGAAGAGGGAGCUUGCCCGAGCUUCCCCUUCUCCACUCGGAGAAGACUUGUGUCUGGCGGCUUACGACGGACGAUUGAAAGAUAUCCGGGAACUCGUGGACUCCGGAGCUGACGUGAAUUACACAGACAAGGACGGGUUUACCCCGUUACUUCGGGCACUGUGCAAUCUCACACCGAACACGGCCGUUGUUUCGCUUCUGAUAGACAAAGGCGCCGACAUAAGCGUCGUGGACAGUCGCGGAGCUGCCGCCAUGCACUUUGCUGCCAUCUACGACUGCACUGGUCGCUGCCUGAAAGUGCUUUUAGGCUUUGGAGGAAACGUGAACGCUCGAGACGAACAGGGGGUGACUACGUUGCAUGUGGCUGCCGGAUACGAUCAUGUACAAGUGGUGGAGUUGCUCCUAGAGGCCGGUGCCAGGAAAGACGCCAAGUGCUGGAGUGGAGAGCGGAAAAACGCUCUGCCUUUCGAUUACGCGCAGUCCGACACUGUCCGCGAGUUGCUUAGACUGUGAUUCGUCGUCCUGAAACGUCUGAGGUAGCCACGACAAUUGAGAGCCUUUCUCUGCCAUUACCUUUCUUAUUUUAUCACAGUACCAGUUGUCUUAAUUACUCACUUCUUUCAACCACAAUAUUUGACGGUGGGACAGUAAUAUUUCUUAAGCAUUUAUUUUCAUCUACAGUUUUUUCAUUGCUCGUCGUGGCUGCAUUUUUAAUUGUUACUAGAUUUUGGAAAUGAGUAUUGCUGAAUAUUUUGUAAAACAUUUGCUAUACCUGACGUAUAAAAUUCUUGUACUCAAUACUCAGUACACUUGUACUCAAAUAUUUUAUGUUUUGUAUGUUUUGUCUCUGUAUAAUUCUAUAACGACAGACAUUUUAUUUGCUUUAUACCGUAAUUAUUACUUAAUAAAGUGUCUUGAAUAAUAUAUUCUCAUUAAUUGUUAUUCUUUAUUGUUACUUUUGACCCAACUUUUUGAUCCCGAUGAAAUUGCAGUUUCUCAAAAUUAAGAAAUAUCAACUUA